CAAUUUUGUUUAAUUAGAUGUUAUCCUGUUUUUUUUAAGGCUUACGGGUAUUGCUACUGCUAGUGAGUUGUGAGUCCUACUGGCGUAAAGGUUGUAACAAUGGAGCCUGGCAAUUUAGAUCCCAUUGACAAAACCUUCUCUUAUGUUUUUCGUUAUCUUACUUUCUUUGGAUUAUUCACUUACAAUUACAAUUUAAAUCAGAGGAAACUCAUCCAUCGACCACUUGCGGUUGUCUAUUGUGCAUUUAUAGAUUUUUUUUUACUUGCAACAUCAAACUUUUAUUUAAAUUAUUUUCCCUUUGCUAGUUAUCAUGAAAUAUAUACAAAACACGACCUUGCCUUGUUCUGGAGAAGUGAUUUGCUUUUAGUGAAUUUUGCUUGCCUUGUAAUAAGUCGAGUAAAGAGCUGGACAAUGCGAAGUAAUAUUAAAGAAAUAUUCGAUGAACUAAAUAAAAUAAGGCUCAUUGACCUGGCUGACUUGGCCCGCAGUAAUUUUGAAGUUCGCAAUGAAUUGAAAAAGAUUAUAUUCUUAAAGUUAAUGUGUUCUAUCACAAUAGUGUCAAUAUCAUGUUCGUCAACUAUGUAUCAAUCCAUUGGUGGCUCAGCAGUGGAUUAUUUUUGGGAGGUAGUUUUUGUAAUUAACAUGAUCCUAUUGAAUGCGGUUGAAAAUGAAAUAAAUUUUGGAAUGCUGUACGGGGUGUAUCUGUUUAAAUUGCUGAAUUUUCAUCUCCAAUCAAUGGUGGAAGAAAUAAAAGUUUCACUCGAAAAUGUUAACAUGAGUGCCGUGAAUGAAGAGACAAAUUUUUUGUGCGGUGAAUUUUUGAAAAUAGCGAGAACUCAUACAAAAGUGUUUAAACUUAUUGUUGAAUUAAAAAACUGUUUUCAAAUGAGUAUAAUGUUUAUUUUGUUGGGAAUUAUUGCUUCGCAGUUUUAUUUUGCAUUUUUGAUAGUCGUACUUUUGAGUGGGACUUUUGCAGAUGUAAGUUUUUUCGCGACUUGUGCAUUCUUGUCGUUGGUUACGGCUUUUUUAAACCUAUGGUUGCUUACUCAUAUUUGUGGUGAUAUAAUUGAUUCAUGUAAUGAACCAGCACAUAUUUUAGGAUUGUUACCAUCGCAUGUUUUAUUAAAUGAUCGACUGGAGAAAACGAUACAAAGUGUGACUUUGAUGGCUAAGCAAGAACAAAUGAAUUUGUCAAUUUACGGCUUCUUUAAUUUAGAAUGGGCAACAGCAUUUAUUGCUACCAGUACGGCUUUGGAUUAUUUAAUAAUUGUCGUGCAGUUUGAUUAUUAUAAUUUUAAGUAGUUUUAAUAAUCUUAAAUAUAUUUUUGUUUUUUUUUGUUUUUUUUUUAAAUAUAAUGCAUAUUUUAAUUGAAUGUAUUGAUUUAAUUUUUUAAUUAUAAUCAAAAUGUAAUCACAUAACGAUAAUUCACAAGCAAUUUUAGAAGAACUAACAUUUAUAGUAAGCAAAUUCAUAAAGAGAUUCUAAUAUAUUUCAUUUAGCAUCAAAAACAACAUUUAUUUAUGUUUAAAAACAAAAGGAAAUGUUUAAGUAAGUUCUCAAAAAACAUGUUUAUUUAUUAUAGACUUUACAGAAUUAGUUAUCGAUUGAUCUUUUGUGCCUUUGAAGACUAUAAAUAUGAUUUUUUAUGACUUUAAAUUAUAAAUCCAUUACAAUUUUGGAUGAAAAAUGUUAAAAUAUUAAAAAAAAAACUAACUUAAGAGUGGUUUGUCAAGCUAUCACUGGCCAAUGGCCAGUCAGGGGGUGGUUGUAAGGUCAUAUUUAACCCCAAGGGAGAUUAUUGUUAAUUAAAUUUUCAAUUCAAAACUUAUCGUAUUGCGUUAUAUUUUUGAUUAUUAACUUCCCAUAGGAAGUUAUUGUAAUGGGUCCGAUUUGUCAAAUUGAAAAUUUUGACAUUUCUCGACGUUUCAAGGUCCCUAGCGUGCGUGUGUACGACGCGAACGUACGUCCGUACGUUCGCGACGUUUUUUUCGUCCUCCAUAGCUCAAGAACCAGAAGAGGUAUCGAUUUCAAAUAAAUUUAAUUAUACAGAUAAUAAGGCAGAACGAUCCAGAAAGGGCUCUCAAGAAAAUUGCGUGGGUGGUUUUUUUACCAUAGCAGUUUGAAAAAAUUUGAAAACUUUGGUUAACCCUAAAUAUCUUACGAACCAAAAACGAUAGAGACUUGAAUUAAAUUUUAUAUAGCAAGAAAAAAAAAUUUGUCACCCCCAAAAUUUUACGACUAAAAGUUGACUUCAUCUCCAAAACAAUUUUGGGCAACGGAGAAUAAUAUUUUUGACAUCUGAUAAAAUUUUGAGAAAAAUCUAAUUGACAUUUUUUUUUUAUAAAAAAAAAUAAAACCUACAAAAAUUACUCAA